CGCCGCCGCGGGGCCGCUCGGCGAGGGGGUGACCGGAGCGCCGGGCGCGCCCCCCGCCUCCCCGCCCGCCCCCCGCCUCCCCGCCUCCCCGGCCCUUCCUCUCUCCGCCUGCCGCCGCCGCCGAGGAGGAGGAACAUGGCGAAAGCGGAGCAGGUCCUCAGCCUCGAGCCGCAGCACGAGCUCAAAUUCAAAGGGCCUUUCACAGAUGUUGUCACUACAAACCUGAAACUCGGCAAUCCUACAGACAGAAAUGUGUGCUUCAAAGUUAAGACCACAGCACCACGUAGAUACUGCGUAAGGCCUAACAGUGGAAUUAUCGAUGCAGGAACAUCAAUUAAUGUUUCUGUGAUGCUACAGCCUUUUGACUAUGAUCCCAAUGAGAAAAGUAAACACAAGUUUAUGGUUCAGUCUAUGUUUGCUCCAGCUGAUACUUCAGAUAUGGAAGCAGUAUGGAAAGAAGCAAAACCAGAAGAACUCAUGGAUUCAAAACUUAGGUGUGUGUUUGAGCUACCAGCGGAAAACGAUAAGCCUCAUGAUAUAGAAAUAAAUAAAAUUGUAUCCACAACUGCAACAAAGACAGAUUCUUCUGUAAUGUAUAAAUCAAUAAGUUCCCCUUUGGAUGACAUUGAAGUUAAGAAAGUAAUGGAAGAAUAUAAGAGGCUUCAAGUAGAAGUUCAGAGGUUACGGGAGGAGAAUAAACAGUUUAAGGAAGAAGAUGGACUUCGGAUGAGGAAGGCACCCCAGACAAACAAUCCAAUAUCUGCUUCUGCAGCUGCUGUCAAGGAGGAAGGGCUCAGCUCUAGAUUACUUGCUUUGGUGGUUUUGUUCUUUAUCUUUGGUGUAAUUAUAGGAAAAAUAGCCUUGUAGAGGCAGCAUGCUGGGAAUUGUAAAUUGGUUUGAUGGUUCUGCCAUAUCAUUGGAUUAAAUUUAUUCAUAACAAUGUUUAAAAAAAGUUAAUGUACGACAUCUCACAGGUCUUGCCUUUAAAUUACCCCUGCACAAAUAUUAUGUAACAUAAUCUAGAAAGUUUAAAAUGUACAAUGAGUGAAUGAAAGAGAAUAUUCUUCAGUGAUGAACGGGGGGGGGAAUCAUGAUUUAACACUACAAUGGAAUAUUGUAUAUGUCAUUUUAAACAUUCUUAGGCCCUGGUACAUGUUGCUGGAUUACCUCUUUUUAAAAAAAUUAAAAUAGAAAAAAACUAUUCCUCCACUGCUGGAGCUGGCCCUAUUGGAUGUUUGGAGCUGGGUUAGGCAGGAGGUGUUGAUAACUUCUGUAAAAUAUGUUAAUCCACCAUUCUGCUCAUAAAUUUAACAGUUUCUGUCAGUGUCUUCAACUCUGUGCAAGUUACCAAUUUCUUGGCACUUAAAUGAAUAGUGAGAAGCUGAAAAGAAUCGUACGUGGCAAUGCUGAAUGUGCUAGGCAUCAUUAAGAGACGUAUAUUGACUGGUAUGACGCUCAUUUGGAAUAAAGGUCAAUGCCGCCUUCUCAUAAAGGGACCAAGCUUCAUUGCUGUUGGUUCAUUUAGUUGAAUUAAAAUGUUAUUCAGAGAUGUUUAAUGCAUAUUUAACUUAUUUAAUGUAUUUCAUCUCAUGUUUCCUUAUUGUCACAAAAUUGACUAAUACUAUAUGGUAUAAAAAGGCACCUGUUUUAAAACCAGUGACUAGAACUAAAAAUUUGCUGCUGUAGUGAUGCGAGAUUCUUCUGCCUCCUGGUGUUUUGGGCACUACACAAUUGUUGGAGUUUUGAUCAUCUGAGCAUUGGAGAAACAGUGGUCAGGAAACUGUUUUUGUAUGUAAAUAAGUCUAUCUAGGGGAAGAAAAAUUAGUAGUAAACUAGUUCAAUGCCGUAAAAAGACCAGUCCUGUUUGACUAUGUAGCAUCGAAAAGAAAAGAAAAGAAAUUAAAUAAAGCCCCCAAAUUAAAGUUUCUUUUGUUACUUUUGUCAUGUUCUCACAGUUUUAGAGGAGGGAAAAAAAGAACAUACUCUCUGCCACCUUAGUUUGCCUAUGGCGUUAGGAAACUGUCAGUCUUAUUUCAGGAUUUUUUUUUCCAGCCUAAUUUUAGUCUCUAAAAUCAAUCCAACUCCAUCCUAAGCCUGAUAUAUAUGAAGUGUUGUUCAAAGUAAUCAUACAGACUACUGAUAUACUACAUAAUUUCCAUUUUUCAGUUUGAUCUGAUUCAGUAGUCAAUACAGUUGGUAGUAUAUUGAAAGUGAGGCUAAGAUAGUUGUGUUUCUAAGCAUACUUUUAUUACAAAAUACAUAAACUCAAUAUAUUUUAGCAUGUUGAAUUUCAGUAGAUGAAAUAGUUUUUUGAGCAAGUAAAUCCCCAUAUAUUCGUAGAUGUUAGGUCCAGAAACCAUCAGUGACAUGCCAGUCUAGUGUAGCAUACCAAAGUUUUUAUAACAUCCUUCAGGAUUAAGAUGCAUCUUUAAAAUGUGGCUUCGUUCUUUAUUCUUUCUGUGAUUCUUGAGGAAACUGUUCGGGCUGCGCUCUGUCUACUACACUCUUACUGCAUCAUUGACCUUUAUAUUUAUUUCACAUGUGUCUCAAGGGUUUCCUGCUUUGCAAGUGCAAAUAAGCAAAAUUUUAUGUGAGGUUUAAAAAGAAAAUGGAAAAAAAAUCUCACUGGUGUGUUCAGCUUAUGAACACAACUCUGUGGAAGCUUCCUUUAGAAGAGCCAACAGAAAUGAGUUGUCUUCAGCAUUUUAAAAUGCUAGUGCCUUGUCUGCUCAGGAUGGAAGGGACAAAGCAAUUAAAGUCUCCUUGUAAAGGGCAGAGAAGACAGGAGAUGAGCUGGAAAGAAGCAGUGAGUUCAGUGCAACAAAUUGGGCAGAACUGAUCAAGGAAGAGAUACUUUGAGGGCAUUAGAAGCUAAUGGAAACUUCUACAAGGAGCAUUUUAAAAGGAACCUUUUCAAAAAGAAAGGUUGUAACUGAUGUUGUAAAGUAAGUUUUCAUAGCUUUCAAGAAUAUUUUUGAGAAAACCUUAACUAAAGGAAGACUGAACUAUCCAGUGGUUGGUUUUGGAGGCUAUAAACAUUCUCACCUUGCUAAAAAUGUGUUUUCUGAAGAGCUGAAUUCCUAAUUUGUUUUUCUUAAAAUAACGAUAAUGAUGGUAUUAACUCUACUGAGAGCACUUCAUUCUACUGAAAAACAGCCUCAGAAAAGCUUCCCCCCUCCCCCCCCCCCCCCCCCCGAAAAUUCUGUCUUUGCAGGGUAGAAGACUGAAGCUUUAACCUGGUCUCUUGCGGGGAUAUCUUUAAUAGUGUUCCAGGCAAAUGUCACACAUGGUUAGUACCACAAAUGAUUUUGCUGGCAAAGGCAGCUUCCAGAUGAAGAAAGCCAGCAGAAUCUCUCUCCUUUUGGUGUUUAAUAGUUGCACUCCUGAGUGAUCUGUGAAAACUUGGAACUUACUCAUUUGUGAGCAAAGUUACUUCUGUUGUUUGCAUUCCAGAAGUACAUGGAGGUCAGGAAAACACUCUUGUGUUCUGCUAAAUGCCUUACAAACAUGAUCGAAAGAAACUACUAAACAAGGGACCUUAGUUUAAAUGGCAAAGGAUGUACUGGUACCAACUGCGGUCUGCAGCUGGGGAUGGCGCACACUGUCAGUCCUAAACCAGAUCAUUAAAUGAAGUUUUUAUAUCUUGGAACUUGACAAAAUUUUGAGGUCUUUCCUCAUUUCCCAUUUUUUGACAACAGCCUAAACAGAUAGUAGCGCUUAAUUGUCUGAAUAAUGCUUUGUUUCCACUGAGCGUAAAAUAAAGAGUUAUCAGUGGGAACUUUUUUACCUGUCCAUUUGACCAAACCCUUCUUUCUUAUGCAUCAGAAGGAAAACUGUGGAUGUUUCCUGGUAAGGUUCUUAAAAGGCUAGUCUUCAAGUGUUUGCCAAAAUCAUUUCUGUAUUGGGUGUAUAUUCUUAAGCCACUGGAAUUUUUGUAAGUUGUACUUUACGCGAUGACACCAGAGCAAAUACUUCCAUCAAGUGUUCAUAGAAAGGGGAUUAUUCUGGAGGGCAUUAUGUAUCUUAGGAAGCUAUGCAUGAAACAGAGUUUAUAAAUAAUAUUAUUGUCUGGUGUUCUCACAUGACAUCAGAUGUUAGAAAACAGUGUAUAAUUGAUAAAUGAUAGUAGAAAUCAAGUUAUUACUUAAUCUAAUGAUUGUUCUUGCCAUUCUUUUCAGAUAGCUACUUGCAUAUACAUGUACUGUUAAUUUUUAUAAGAACCAGUAGAAGCUGCUUAGAUAGUCUUCCCUUUCUGGAUAUUUGCAUUUUUGUCUGUCCUUUGGGCCCUGUGUAUGAAUAGGUUUCUAAAAUGUCAUGAAGCCUGGUAAUGGGAAAUGAACAGAAAACAGUUUCUACUAUUUUCACGUAGUUAUCCACAUCUUAAAGGAAAUCUUUCUGUGCAUGAAUGAUAACUAUUGCUCUACUUUGGCAGUAAUCAAAUAUGAAUGCAAAACUAUAGCAAAUGCGUAUGCAGGCUAGGCACCCAGUGUGGUGUUGCUGUUGAAGAGCCUUAGGAAUCAAAGAGCGAGAUAAUACCAUGUAUGUAAAAUUGAGAGAGAUUGAUGAUUGAUUACCAUAAUGUAAUUUUCUGAAGAUACGGGAUUGUAAUUGCUUGACAACAGUAUUCCAUGCUACUUUUUCUCCUGAAAUGCUGUUAGUGGGAUAAGGUUGGAACCUCACUUUGCAAAUUACUAGAGUUUUUUUCUCACCAAUAAACUAUAAAGGGUUUCUGUUCCCUGCAUAUGUA